AUGCAUUUGGAAGCUGUGUCGAAUCUAUCAACGGAUGCAUGCCUGGCAGCUCUCCAGCGGUUUGUGAGCAGAAGGGGAUUGCCGAGAAAGGUAUUUUCCGAUAAUGCCACCAAUUUCGUCGGUGCGAACAAUGAGUUAGCGAAAUUGGCCGAUCUUUUUGAAAGUGAAAUGCAUAAGAAAAAAUUGAAUGGCUUUUGUGCUAAACGGAACAUUGAGUGGUCAUUUAUUCCUCCUCGUAGUCCUCACUUUGGGGGACUAUGGGAAGCUGGUGUGAAGUCAACUAAAUUCCAUCUGCGCCCAAUACUGGCGGACCACAAGCUUUCAUAUGAAGAAUUGACGACCGUUUUGGCGCAAAUUGAGGCGAUAUUAAAUUCGCGUCCAUUGAUUCCAUCGUCAGACGAUCCAAACGAUUUGACUGCUAUUACGCCAGCUCAUUUUUUUAAAGGUAGAGAGUUUCAAGCAGUUCUCGAGCCAUCAUACGAACAUGUCAAACUUGGUAGACUAUCACGAUGGCAGAUUCUGCAAGACCUAAACAGAAGUAUUGGCGUACCUGGUCAACAGAUUAUCUUCAAGGGCUUCAACGACGACAACUGGAAUCUGGCUCGUAUAAUAGAGUUGCAUCCAGGCAAGGAUGGUCACGUGCGAGUGGUGACUUUGAAAACGAAUGAUUCUGUCAUCAAACGGGCAGUGAAAAACGUAUGUUUGUUACCACUUGAUGAUGAAGAAUUGGAUGCAUCAUAG